AUGGCAAACAAUAAUAAUAAAAAAGAGGGACGCAAAUUCAUAGUAGAAUUAAUCGAAGUAUAUGAAACUUUGCCUGCUUUGUGGAAUGUGAAGUGUAAAGAAUAUUCCAACAGAAAUCUUAAAAGUGACCAAUACGAAAAUAUGCUUGCAAAAUACCGCGAAAGAUAUCCCGACGCUGAUAAGGCUCAACUGAUCCAAAAACUGAACUCUUUGCGAACUAAUUACAGGAAAGAACUAAAAAAAAUUUCUGAUUCGGAAAAAAGUGGUGCUGUAGCCGACGAAGUUGUUGAACCAAGUUUGUGGUAUUUUGAUGCGCUUCAUUUUUUAAGGACAUUAGAGCAACCAUGCUCUUCAAAGAGCAGCAUGAACAACAAAGCAAAUGAUACAAAUCCGGAAAUGUCUCACAAUUCAGAUGAACAACCACCGAAAAAAGCUAAAACAAAAAACGACGGAUCUCAAGAGUUGAUUUCUUUGGUUCGGAAACGGCUUCAGGAACCAAAGAAUGAAUUUGAACAAAUCUCCGCAGCUUGGGCAGUCGAUUUGCAGAGAAUGGAACCAGAGCAACAACUUUUUGCAAAAAAAGCCAUAAACGACAUAUUAUUUGAAGGCCGUAUGGGAACUUUAAACCGAAAUUCAGUCAAAAUAAAUAUGGAUGGUUACAACAGUGCGUCGUGUUCCACUCCGUACAGCUUUGUAAUGUCAACGCCAAGCCCAGCUGAUUGCUAUUAUGUUAAACAAAAUUCUGAAGUUGUGUAUUCGGAAGAGGAUACGAACUCGCAAAAUGUUUCUAAAUUCUUUUCUACUUUUCAAUAA